AUGCUCCAGUUCUCCACUCACUCAGCUGAAAGCAGACCAGGGCCGUCUGCCAGAGAUCCAUCUGAGUCCUCAUCACUCUUACAUCUACUGGAGGUUCCUACUGGUCCCAGUCCGUCUGUGGUUUCACCUCAAACAGCAGAACAAACCCUGAAGGUCACUUCUUCCUCUGCAGCUCUAACUCUCAAAGUUUGGUCACUACCACAGCUUCGGUCUCUCAGGUGAGUCCCUCCACAGUCAGUGACUCAGAUUUCAUUCACACCCUCAGACUGAGAAAAGGCCCGAAGCUGCCAGAGCAGAACCUCACAGAUGGAGCCGAGACAGAGCAGAUGGUCGGCGGCAGUGACCCUGCUGAGUCUGUAAAACUGGACACCGUUCAUCACUCUGAGGUCAAAGUUCAGCAGCUCUGCCAGCAGCAACAGGAUCAUUAA